UAGUUCACGUGCGGAAGAGACUGUAGUGCGGGGUGGGGAAGAAAUGACUUGUGGGAUGCGAAGUAGCCGGCGGCAAGAGAGGCAGAGGAGGCUGAUUGACACACAGAGAGAAACGUCAGGGAGCGGAGCGGGAAAUAAAAGAGGGAGAGUUAUAAAACAUCCAGCGUUACGGUUAAUUUAAAGCCUUGCAGACAUUUCGAUCUGCGCACACGAACAGCGGAUACCGAGCGGAAGAAAAAAAAAGUUCAGAUCCCACGAAUCAGCGCGUGGGAGUGGGAAGCAGGAUCGUGACUGACUGAGGCAAGCUCCACUGUCUGUCUCGUUAUGGCAGGUCCUGGAGGUGACAUGCAGUGGUGCUUCUCUCAGGUGAAAGGAGCAAUCGAUGAUGACGUAGCUGAAGCGGACAUUAUAUCUACAGUUGAAUUUAACCACACAGGGGAGCUGCUGGCCACAGGAGACAAGGGUGGACGCGUAGUCAUCUUCCAACAGGAAAUAGAGAACAAAAAUCAGCCUCAGUUCCGGAGCGAGUACAAUGUUUACAGCACUUUUCAGAGCCACGAGCCAGAGUUUGACUACUUGAAGAGUUUGGAAAUAGAAGAGAAAAUCAACAAGAUUCGCUGGCUUCCUCAGAAAAAUGCUGCUCAGUUCCUGUUGUCAACUAAUGAUAAAACGAUUAAAUUGUGGAAAAUCAGUGAACGAGACAAGAGGCCAGAGGGCUACAAUCUCAAAGAGGAAGAUGGGCGCUACAAGGACCCUAACACUAUCACAUCUUUGCGGGUACCAGUUUUAAAACCCAUGGACCUCAUGGUGGAAGCCAGUCCACGGAGGGUGUUUGCCAACGCUCACACCUACCAUAUCAACUCUGUCUCAGUCAACAGCGACAAUGAGACCUACCUGUCUGCAGACGACCUACGCAUCAACCUCUGGCACCUCGAGAUCACUGACCGCAGCUUCAAUAUUGUUGACAUUAAACCGGCCAACAUGGAGGAACUUACAGAGGUGAUUACAGCAGCAGAGUUCCACCCUCAUCAAUGUAACACCUUCGUUUACAGCAGCAGCAAAGGAACCAUCCGACUCUGUGACAUGAGGGUUUCAGCGCUAUGUGACAAGCACUCCAAGUUGUUUGAGGAACCAGAAGAUCCUAGUAAUCGCUCCUUCUUCUCUGAGAUCAUAUCAUCAAUCUCAGAUGUUAAAUUUAGCCACAACGGACGCUACAUGAUGACUAGAGACUACUUGUCUGUAAAGAUUUGGGACCUGAAUAUGGAAAACAGGCCUGUGGAGACGUAUCAGGUUCAUGAGUACCUGAGAAGCAAGCUGUGCUCGCUAUAUGAGAAUGACUGCAUCUUUGACAAGUUUGAAUGCUGCUGGAAUGGCAAUGACAGUGUGGUGAUGACCGGCUCAUAUAACAACUUCUUCAGGAUGUUCGAUCGCGGCCACAGGCGGGAUGUGACAUUGGAGGCGUCCCGUGAAAACAGCAAGCCCAUGCAGGUCCUGAAGCCCCGCAAGGUGUGCACAGGCGGCAAACGCAAAAAGGAUGAAAUCAGUGUGGAUAGUUUGGACUUCAAUAAGAAGAUCCUGCACACUGCCUGGCAUCCCCAGGACAACAUCAUUGCGGUGGCAACGACCAACAACCUCUACAUAUUCCAGGAUAAAGUGAACUAAUUGCAGGGUGAGCUUGUCACAUCUGGCGCGGGUGAUGUCAUUUGUAACCACCCGCAGCCUCACAGCCUCAUCCAGGGCGAUCUGUGGUGGUAAUGCCGACAACCAGCAUCCCUGUCCGGCCCUACUGGGUGACCAGACUUUGCCACUAGAUGUGGACAGAGGAUGACUUGCUCUUGCCCAUCAUCAGUCUGUCUGUGGCAGAGUGAUGCCUGCCUUGUUGUUAAGUGAUGUUGUGCCAAUUUCUUUCUCUUCAUUUUUUUUUUUUUUUUUUUUUUUUUUUUUUUUUUUUUUGCCAACCCGCCUGCCCUUUACUUUUCUAAUGUGGGUAAAACAAGUUUAAUUUCCUUAAAAUUCUGAAUACAGACACACUUAUUUUUAUAAAUACCCCCCCAUCCCCUAAAAUGGUAGAAAAUGAAAAACACCUAGUUUGUCCCAUGAUUAUCCUGUGCCAUUGUAUUGUUUAUUUUUCUAAGAAAAGUUUGACCUUUGUUGCAUGUACACCUUCUUUUUUUUUACCUUCCACUAAUUCAUCAGUUCUGCUGUCUGUUCUUGUUGAGUGUCUUCACAUUUCCUGUUUUUCAUUAAACCAUACAUUCUUCACAACUUGCUGCUCAUCCUGGACACAUCCAGGAUUUUGAGAAGUACAGUGUUUUUUGCUUGUGGUUUGUUUUUGUUUUUUUGUGGUCCGCUCAGAUUUGGUCCAGUGAGGCUUUUGUCUUGCUUGAUGUUUCUGUCACUGUGCCUCAGGCUGUGGUUGGCCAAACAGGCCCAGAUUCAAUAAGAGCUGCUUCUUUGUUUUUGUUUUGUUUUUUCCCCGUGUGUGUGUGUAUUGUGAUAUCUUUGUGCAUCGGCUCCUCUUCCUCCUAUUUUUUUGUUUUGUUUGUUUGUUUGUUUGUUUGUUUGUUUUUGUUUUUUUAAAAAAAAUUUUCUUGUCUUCAAUAAUAGUCAGGUAUCAGAGAAGGCCUAUUCAAAGAUAAUUAUGAUGGUCAUAUUUAUAUUAAAAAGGUUAAAGAGUCAACAGGUUUGUUCUGUCCUGUUUUGUGAGAUGAAGCCUGACCUUAAACUCCUAUUUUAUAUUUUGUUUUGGGGUUUUUUUUUUUGAGGGGGUGGGAUUUUUACCCCCCCCCCCCCGUUUCAUCCUGUACCACAGCAUUCAGUUCAAGCUGCACUUCACAACAGGGAAGAACAUCUGAUUUGACACUGGACUUUGUUGCUGCACCAACUCAAGUACUUGGAUGUCUGUGAUGUGAGACUGAAAUUUAAAAAAAAAAAAAAAAAGGAACAAAAAAACAUUAUUUGAGGCAUUACAGUGUUUAAACUACUGCAGACCUAACUGAUACUGUAACCAUGAUGGUGCAAUGAGCCUCACAGAAGAUCUGCAGCACUUGGAUGUCUCCACACCCUAUUUAAAAAGUGGACAGUUAAGAGUAUAUUGAUGCCUCUAGUAAUGUAUAACUGCAAUUUUAAUCAAUGACAGUGGGGAAAAAAAAAUAAAGGAACUACUUUUUGCAUCCUU